CCCUCCUCUCCAUCAUGUCUCUUCGCCCUCGCGCAUCGCCAGGACCCCCCGCAUCGCCCCCCGAGCCCGACACCCCAGCAGCGCACUACACAGACCGCCUGGAUCUCGGGACCGAGGCCUCGCGCAUCGCCGCCGCCGCGCAUGUCCACGAGCACGGCGUCAGGCAUGGGGGAUGGGCAGGCGCCCGCAGCAGAUGGGCGGCACGGUUGAGACGCAAGGGCAAGUUCGGCUUGUCGCAGCGCGCAUGGCUCGCCAUCACCAUCAUCAUCGGCUUCGUGCUCCUCACCAAGCUGAUAGUCCCGUCCGAGACGGCGACCAACCCCACAGUGGAGGAGUUUAACGAGCUCAAGCCCCACGACUAUCUCAACAACUCGAUGACUGAACCAGCACCAUUCGAGUUCUGCCCCGUCUUUGGGCCGGGCGACGCGAUCGCCGCUCGCCGCGGCCAGUUUGAGCUGCUCCGUUCGCGCGUGCACACGGGCACUGGCGCGCGCAUCCACCGUGUUCUGCGCAAAGCGAUGAAGGGCCUCCCCGUAACCAUCUCGGUUCUCGGCGGCUCCGUCACGGCAUGCCACGGCGCCGGCGACGACCCCAUCGCCCCCGAGUGCUACCCGGCACGCCUGUUCAACUGGUGGAACUCGGUGUUCCCGCAUCCCGCCAACGAGCUCACCAACGGUGCUGUCAAGCGCACAGACUCGGCAUACUACGCCUACUGCUCACGGCAUCACCUCCCGGACCAGACAGACUUGGUCAUCCUCGAGUUUGACACUAGCGACCCAAAUGACCGCGAGUACCUCGAGCACUUUGAGCUUCUCGUUCGCUCUCUCCUCGUCCGUGACGACAAGCCCGCGGUCAUCAUCCUCGGGCACUUCAGCCCCCAGGUGCAGGCACAAAACGGGUACGCGGGCCCAGAGCUGCUGCACAACGUCGUGGCGCAGUUCUACGACGUGCCGCACAUCAGUGCCAAGGGCCUGCUGUACGACCAGUACUUUGAGCGGCCGGACAGGGUGCUCUCGGAGAGCUACUUUGGCUCGCACCUGAUCAACAAGGACGGGCACGACAUGAUGGCGGACGUGGUCAUUUCUUAUCUCAUGUCGCAGAUCUGCACGAGCUGGUCGUCGAUGCUGGGCUACUCAUUCAACACGCCUGCGCUAAUCAUUUCUGGCGAGUCCGGGAGCGGGGUGGGGCCGUUCGGCGGCCUCGGCCUGCGUCCGAACCAAGAGCCGGGCUUGCCGGAGAAGGAAGACGCAGAGCCGACAGGCAAGAACGCGGCGCUCGAAGUACCCUCGAUGCGGCUGCAAAACUUGCCGAACGACGCAAAAGACUUUCACGAAGUACAGCCGUACUGCGUGUCCGCGGCGGACUUGGUCAACCCGCUGCCCGAGUCCAUCUUUUACGGGUCGGGCUGGGUGACGUACCACCCGCCCGAGAACGCGAUCGGCGAAGACAGGUUCUACUGGUACGCGGAGCAGCCGACGUCGCGGCUGCGCGUGCCGCUGCGCAUUGGCGCGGGCGACGUCGGCAUCUACUUUAUCCAGCACCCGCUGGACAAGCCGGCGGCGACGGUCAAGUGCUGGGUGGACGACAACAUGGAUGGCGCCAAGACGCUGCGCGGCAACGCCGAGACCGAGGAGCCGAUCGCGACGCUCCAGCUCAUCGACCACAACGUGUCCCCCGGCUCGCACUUUGUCGAGUGCAUGCUCGACGGCGAGAAGGGGGGGCCGCCGCUGCCGUUCAAGAUCCUUGCUAUCGUGAACACUUGAUUCUGGGCGAGCAGGUGAGCAGGCGACGUCUGACAACUGGCCGACUGGCUGGUGUCAGCAAGUCACCGUUCACCGAGCGAGUACGAGUACCGGAAUCACCACGAAAAGGCGCAUCCGCAACCACUGCAUGCAUUGUCACUGUGGAUCCCCGUGGCGCGUGGCCUGUGGCCUGUGACCUGUGACCUGUGACCUGUGGCCUAUGGGACCACGGGGAUCCCCAUAGCUAUAGAGUAGAUGAGAUUCACGUAUGAUGAACUGGCUGGCUGUAUGCUGCUACUGUUAGACGCGCGCC